CAUUAUUUAGUUAUAUAGUUGAGCAUUCAGCUCUUGAUUUAUUUACUGUCAUGUGCUCAGUACAUCUAAAUUGAUUAACAAAUAAAAAUAUAAAGGUUAUUUCCAACAACUUUCUCUCGGGACAUUUUUAUAAAAUUAAGAAUAAAAAAAUGUUUUAUAACAGUCACCACACUCACAAAUACAAAAUGAAAUGAACACUUGGGUAAAAAAAUCUAUACAUAUUGAAAUAAUGCAUUACAACGCAACAAAAAUACUAGUACAAUACUCGACUUAUUAUAUCGACUGAGAAAAAUCAAUAUUUAAAUUUAAAGUUUAAAAAGUAAAUAGCAGAUUUUAUUUUUAAAAUUUUAAUAUUUAUCAAGUAACAAUGCUGGUGAUAAUCAAUCAUUAUAUAUUUCGAGUUUAAAAAUUUUUCAUCAGUGAUAAAGAAGUAGUGAGAUGAUAACAAAUCAGCACGAUAAUCUUUUAUUAUUUACUAAGUAUAUACACUCACAAGAUCUAUAAAUAAUAAUUAAAUAGUGAAGAAAUUAUUGUUAUUAUAACAAAAUGUUGUAUCAACAUGUAAUAUUUUUUAUAUGGAUUGGAAUCUUUGAAUUAUUUAUCACAAUAAAUCAGUGCCAGUGUACUCACGUAACCGGUACAUUCAAUACCAAUGAAUUUUUUCGGUUUCUCAUUAAAUUUGGAUUCCAACAGACUGAUCGUCACAAACAACGUGACUCGUAUGGUUAUAUAUUUGGGAAUAUAACAGCAUCACAGUCAAAUAUAUCAUCAUCAACAAAACUAAUAACUCUUGCUGUUUUGGAUAGAAAUCAUUUUUUAGAGUACUAUGGCAAUCGUACACUUGAAGAUAAAAACACAGCAUGCACUAUGAUGUUCAAUACUCUCAAUGACAGUUCAUAUGAUUCACAGUGCAAUGUCAAUGGUCAGGAUUUCUUGAGAAGAAUACCAUGUCCAAAAGGUAAAUUAUGUCCAGAUGAAGAUUUAUCAUGGAAUGUUAUUAAAAAUAAUCAAUUUACUUAUGUAAUACAAGACCUUGGACAGCCAAGAUUUUGGUAUAUAAGUAUCGUAUCGUGUUAUCGUAAUAUCAAAACAUGUAAAUGGGAAUGGUUUAAUGACAGCAUGAAUAUCGACUAUGAUAUUUGGUUGGUAAAUGGAAAUCCAAAUAACAGCGGCUUCAAUAGUUUUACCUACCAGUUUUCGUACGACCGGCAAAAUACCAUCGUAUUGUAUUUAUUAUUUUUUUUGUGUUACAUAAUAUUAGUACCAUUGCAAUUAUAUGCCGUCAGAUUACAAAGGCAUCCAGUAACGAGGCUUUUUACAGCAAGUUUAUUGCUAGAGCUUGUUGCCAUUUGUUUAAUACUGAUCCAUGUUCUGAAAUUCGCAUUUGACGGUAUUGGAUAUGAAAAAUUAGAAGUCGCUGGUGAUAUAUUCGAUAUUCUUUCACGGACAACAUUUAUGUUAUUACUAUUAUUAUUAGCCAAAGGAUGGGCUGUUACAAGAAUUGAAUUAACCUGGAAGCCCCUAGUAUUUUUGAUAUGGUUUUGUUACGGUGUAGUCCACAUUCUUCUGUAUGUCUGGAAUAUGACGGAAGUUGACAUUAUCGAAGAUAUUGAUGAAUAUCAAACGUGGCCCGGAUGGUUUAUUUUACUGUUCCGUAGUGCAAUAAUGAUAUGGUUUUUAUUGGAGCUCCGUAACACGAUGACUUAUGAGCACAACACUCAAAAAUUAAAUUUUCUGCUGCACUUUGGUGCAUCGGCACUUGUGUGGUUCAUUUAUUUACCAAUAGUUGCAUUAAUCGCGCUACAAAUAAGUACAUUAUGGAGGUUUAAAUUUCUUCUUGGAAUUACAUAUUCAGCAGAUUGUUAUGCUUACUGUGUAAUGACCCAUUUAUUAUGGCCAACACGAAGCGAGCAAUAUUUUUUACUUGCACAGGGUGCAGAUAACGGUGACGAGUUGGAUGAAUUUAAUGAAGCGCCGCAUGUUUUGAAUAACUACGUCGAGCCAUCGGAUCUUACUAAAAUUAUAGCGUAAACUCUUUUUAAACAUAAUUUAAAAAAAAUUAUUACAACAAUAAUAAUAAUAUUAAUUGAUGUGAUGUACGUUUGCCAAAUAUUUCAGCGAAAAUGGUAAAUACUCUUGUUUUGUGGUAAUUGAGACUGACUUUGUACAUUUAUCAGUCCAAUUUUUUAAAACUGUCUAAAUAAUAUUUUUUUUGACUAUUUGUUUUUAACGGUAACUAUAGUUUUUGCAAAGCUUUAACAUGAAUCAAGACAAACCGUAUUUAUUUUUUUUUAAUCAUGCUAAUACGUUAUCUACUUGUAUACAUACAUACACAUAUAUUUAUAUAUAUUUAAUUUAAUGUUACAUAGUUUAUUAUUCAUAUUUUUUUCAUGUUAAAGCCUUAUUAAAUAGAUUUUAAAAAUGCCUUACAAUUCUCAUAAAACGAGAAAGAGUAUAUAUUAUCGCGAGGAAAUAAAUUAACUGCGAUAAA